UUGAUUUUUCCUUUGCUUGCCCUCAUGACUGUCUUAGAGGAUGCUUGAAAUGUGGACGACCGUUUCUCGGAUGUCGACUCAAGGGUGACCUGGUCGGGCCGUGGUGUAUGGCGACUUCGCAGUGCAAUUGUGUUGCUAUUGAUACUUCGUUGGAAGUGAGGUAUAAAGUCUGGUCCCCUGCUCUCUCUACGGACUUUUUUUUAGCCUCAAUCAAUCAAUCGAUAACUCAAGCUUCAGACAUACGCUCGCUAUUAGGUACAGGUUCAACUACUACACCCAUAUUCUCGUCUCUCGCUCCAUCCUAUCUUUCUUUCGAUAAUCACUACCACGAGGAAAUAUAACUUAGCACACUGGAAGGAAAGGUCGAAAUGGCAUCUCUCGUGCUCUUUACGCUCCCUCUCCUCACCCUUGCCUACACGUACUCGCCGGCACCAUCUCCGCCGACAACAUCCCCUCCCCCACCACCCAAGUACACCGUGCCGUGCCUGAUGGGCGACAACAGGCCCUGCCCAACAUCCUGGACUUGUACUCCCACUCAGAUGUGCACGUCUGGUAGCCCCUGCGGCGGGCUCUGUAUCGACAUCUUCACCCCACCGCCUGUGAUCCCAUGCACUGUCGGAAACGACGCUCCAUGCAUUCCCUCCUCAUCCUGCACUCCAACCAUGGUUUCCACACCCGGCUCACCCUGGCUGGGCCAAUGCAUUGCCCUGCCGACGCCACCGCCAGGCGUAACACCAUGUACAGUUGGCAACGACGCACCCUGUACACCCUCCUCCAGCUGCACUCCAACCAUGAUCUCAACCCCCGGAUCGCCCUGGCUGGGCCAAUGCAUUGCCCUCCCAACUCCUCCUCCCGUCUCCACCCCUCCACCCGGCGUAACCCCCUGCACAGUCGGCAACGACGCGCCUUGCACCCCCUCCUCCACCUGCACUCCAACCAUGAUUUCCACUCCCGGACAACCAUGGCUCGGCCAAUGCAUUGCCACCCCUAUUCCAGUAACGCCGUGCACUGUCGGAAAUGAUACCCCGUGUUUGCCGAAAAGUACGUGUACCCCGACGAUGAGUUCGACGGCGGGAUUGCCGUGGUUGGGACAAUGCAUCGCGACUCCUACCCCCCCGCCUAGUAGUCCGAGUACCCCGACACCAACGCCUAAGGGAAGGAAGUGCGGGUGGCAUGGGAGGUGUGAGCAGGGGAGGAAGUGUGUGAAAGGAUGGUGCGUUUGGAAGGGGGACGGGCAUGGGCAUGAGCAUGAGCAUGAGCAUGAGCAUGAGUAGAAGAGGGCUGGAUGUAGAUGUGAAGAAGUUAGGGUUAGGGAUAUUGUUGGGUCGGAGAAAAAAGAGCUGUUGCUGAACGGUUUUGAGGAAAGACGGAUCAGACUGGUUCGCAUAAUGUAAUUUCUUAUUUCAAGCAUGUUUUAAAUGAGGUUGGAAUUGGGCGGUGUGAAGGAAGGCUAUGAGGUAG